GCGCCCCGCCCCCCGGGGACCGCCUUCUCCGAGGCCGUCGAGCGUCCCCCGCGGCGCCCUUCCCGACGUCCUGUGUCCCCCGCACCUUUUCAAACUGGUGGAUCCUGAAUAUGCCCAGUGUGUCGCGGCCGUGGGAGCCUGCCUCCUUGCGGAAGCACGUGCUGUAGCCCACAUACCUUG